AUGGUGGAUAACAAGAAGUGGUUGCAGGCGAAGGAGGGCUGGUCGCAAGGGCUGGCUCGAGAUCCACCUCGACCGGGACGGCCAGAGGGAAAAAGGCACACCAGAAAAAAAUCAGAGCCAUUUUCGCGCGCACAAGUCCAUUUCCAUACGCCCCCACAGCCAAUCACCGUCUCCGAAUGCCGUGCCCUCGCUUGUCUGAAGCCCAUGCCCCGCUUUUCUCAACCCCAGGGCCCCAGCGCGGCGGCCCCAGAGACCGAGAAGAAUCGAGAGAUGCCCAGUAAGGGCGCCUCAUGGGGCCAGCACCACAACAGCAGUGUGCCAGAAAACUAA